ACAAUAAUAAAAAAUAGGUUUAUAAGGAUCCAGAUAGACAUUUUCUCGUCAUAUCGCCAAAAUGGCGUCCAGGACAAGAUGGCGGCUGCUGGCGGUUUGCGCGGUUUGCUUACAGAUUUUGGAAGUUCAAUCUUCGCAGGAGAUAAUGAAGAAAUUGACAACGGGCUUCGCGAAAGCUCUAGAUGAAUGUAAGAAAGAGCUAAACCUAGGCGACCACAUCAUGCAAGACUUCAUCAACUACUGGAAGGAGGAGUACGAGCUGAUCAAUCGUGACGUGGGCUGUGCCAUCAUGUGCAUGGUGUCCAAACAUGAUCUAAUCACUGAUGAUAUGAAGCUCCAUCAUGGCAAGACACACGAGUUUGCGAAGAGCCAUGACGACGAAAUGGCCAAACAAAUUGUGACAAUGAUCCACGAAUGUGAAAACACACACGCAGACAACAACGACGACUGCAACAAAACCCUGGAGAUAGCCAAGUGCUUCAAGACAAAGAUACACGAGCUGAAGUGGGCGCCUUCCAUGGAGACUAUUAUUGAAGAAAUAUUGACUGAUCUUUAGAAUAAGUCUUAAAAAGUCUCUGUUUUUUGUUGGUCAAAUCAAAAUUCAAAGCUUAAUAAAUAUCUUAGUACUUAA